AUGUCAGAAGACUCUCCUCUGCUGUCACCGUCUGGUGAGGGAGAGCAUGAAGGCCUCAUCGAUGCUCAGGCCGUUCUAGCAGACGACCCACAGGAUGACCAAUGGCAGGAGACCAAGAGUCUGGCAUACAUGAUGCUUUUGACGCUUAGUAUUGGAGGUCUACAACUGGCAUGGGCUGUGGAGUUGUCGAAUGGAACACCCUAUCUGUUAUCUCUGGGCAUGAGCAAGUCUCUUAUGGCCUUGGUAUGGAUAGCUGGACCUCUUUCUGGAGCUUUGGUACAGCCCUAUGUGGGUAUACUCAGCGACAACUGCAAAUCACCAUGGGGAAAAAGAACACCGUUCAUGGUAGUAGGGUCUAUUGCGACAGUCGUAUCUUUGAUGUGUCUGGCAUGGGUGCGAGAAGUUGUUGGUGGAUUACUCGGGCUCUUUGGCGCGGAUAGAACAUCGGAAGGAGUCAAGGUCACAAUCAUUGUGGUUGCUGUGUUUUUUGUGUACAUUCUAGAUUUCUCCAUCAAUACUGUGCAAGCAGGUAUUCGAGCUUUCAUUUUGGACUGCUGUCCGAGUCAUCAACAAGAGGCUGCCAACUCUAUGGCUAGUCGAGUAGUUGGUAUUGGCAAUAUCAUAGGUUAUGUUGCUGGCUAUUCUGACCUGCCGAAAUACAUUUGGUGGUUUGGAUACACACAGUUUCAAAUCCUUUGCGCUAUUGCCUCGAUUGCUCUCAGCACCACCGUCCUAAUCAGUAUUAUUUUCAUCAGAGAACGAGAUCCACGUUUAGAAGGUCCUUCGCCUAAAGGUAAGAAGGGAAUCAUCGGAUUCUUCAAGACGGUUGCCAGUUCCAUCAAACAUCUUCCGCCUCAGACUCGAAAGGUCUGCGAAGUCCAGUUCUUUGCUUGGAUUGGGUACUUCCCCCAGCUGUUCUACUCGUCUUCAUACAUCGGAGAUAUCUAUGUUCAACCAUACCUGAUCAAAAACCCCAACAUGACACCCGAAGAGAUCGAUACUCUCUACGAAAUGGCAACUCGAAUGGGCACCUUCGCCCUUCUUAUCUAUGCCAUCACAUCCUUGGCAACAAAUGUCUUACUACCAUUUUUCGUUGCACCCUCUUACGACGCUGAGUACGAAGCCUCGAUACAUAGCAAAAGCGAUAACACAACCUGGUUGUCCCGCUUCAUGGAGAAGCUCGUUAUUCCCUGGCUUACUCUCCGUCGUGCAUGGUUAUGCUCCCAUCUCAUAUUCGCAGGCUGCAUGUUCAGCACUCUCUGGGUCCGUAGCAUCGGCGGAGCAACAGCAUUAAUCGGCAUAGUCGGUAUCUCCUGGGCAUUAACCCUUUGGGCACCAUUCGCUAUUAUUUCCGCCGAAGUCAGCAAACGCGACAAGCUCCGUCGUCAACGAAACAUCCAAGCCAUGAGCGACCCGGACUCAGAUACCGAGCACGCCGUAUUCGAGAAAGAAGAUCAAGCAGGUGUCAUCCUCGGUAUCCACAACAUGGCAAUCGCCACCCCUCAAAUCCUCGCUACUAUCGGUUCAAGCAUCAUCUUCAAAUUCCUCCAGAAACCGAGAGGUGUUCCCGGUGACCGGAGUUAUUCAGUCGUCCUAGCAGCAGGUGGUAUCAGUACGCUCAUCGCAGCCUGGCUCACGAGUCGGAUCCAAGAUGAAGUCCCACUUCCUACGCCAGCGGAAGAACAUUUCAGACCAGCGACACGAGAAGAGAGGAGGAGUCUGAAUCAAGAAAGGAAUUUUGUUCGGAGUCAUAGUUAUACCAGUCUCGGGUAUUGA